AUGAUUGAAGAAGGAGAGAAACUGGCAACUCUAAAGGAGUCUGGGGCGCGUGGUAGUGGGAAGAAGGCAAAGAAGGGAGAGAGCGCUGAAUUUGUGCAUCCUGUUUCUCGAGAGGCACGCCGAACAGUCCCUUCUCUAGCGUUUCUGAUCCAGCAUGUGAAUCAGACUACCGGUAAACGAACGCGACUCGUCUUCGACCUAGGCCUCAGAAGAGACGUAAACCGAUAUGCAUCACCGAUACAAAAGCAUAUCGAGACCAGGCAGCCGUUGAGCACUGAGCCAGAUGUCAUUAAGAGCCUCGCCAAGGGCGGCUUGAAGCCGGAGGACAUUGACUACGUGAUUUUCUCGCAUGUACACUGGGACCACGUCGGCGAACCCCGAGACUUCCCAACAUCAACUUUUAUCGUCGGACAUGGUGCGCUUAAUCUUCUCAAAGGCACCUCGCCAUCGCUUCGAGGCGGCCACUCGUUUUUCGAAAGUGAUCUCUUACCGGAAGUCCGGACCACGGAACUAGCGGAGCCCGUGGCUUAUGGACCGAAGCGGCAUGAUCCAUGCGCGAUACCAGGGGAAAUCAAUCUCAAGGGGCCUUGGAAAUCUUACGGCCAUCUUCCAGAGGCUCUUGAUCUCUUCAACGAUGGUUCACUACUUAUUAUUAAUGCACCUGGCCAUCUUCCAGGGCACAUUAAUCUCCUGGCACGAACGUCGCUGUCCCAAGAAGUCUAUAUGGCCGGCGAUGCAUGCCACGACAGAAGGUUGUUAACUGGAGAGAAGACGAUUGGAGAAUGGCACGAUACACACGGCCAGGUGUGCUGUAUCCAUGCUAACCGGAAGCAAGCCGAGGAGACUAUUCAGAGGAUUCGACUGCUAGAGAAAGAAGGGGUCGAGAUUAUUUUUUCCCAUGACGAUGAAUGGGAAAACAAUCCAGCGAACAGCAGCCGAUUCUUUGGCGCAUGAGAGCAUGCCCAUAAGUAGCGCAUCACUACACCUGUUGUAAGCCCUAUUUAUCUGUAAAAUUCACAUCUUAAAGACCUACAUCUAC